GCGGGGCGGCCGCCAGUCGAGCUCCAGGCGCGCAGCGGGUAGCGGCAGGCACAGGCGGUAGGCGCAGCACAGCACAGCACCCUGUGUCCUCCAGAGCGGGGCAGCAGACCAGUACAGGCGGCGGCGCCGGUGUUCGGGCAAGCGCGACUACCAGAGGCGCCAAGACGGUGCUGUUCACGAGAGAGGUCCUACUAGGCCCCGUGCGCGACGGCUUCCCGCAGCUGUACCGCGUCAUGGACAAGACGCUCCGCUUUCCAGACUACAUCCUGUCCAAGAUGGCGCCGGCGGCAGGGGAAGGCGGCGGGGGCGGCGGUGACGGAGGCCUAGGCGCUAAGGCGGAGGCGGCGGAAGCGGCCGGCGGGGGCGGCGCGGCGGCAGCCGGGGCCCCGCGGAGGCCGCGCUUCAGCGCCAAGGCGGCGCGCCGCUGGCUGCACCAGAACCUGCUGCUGCUGCUCACCGUUGCUGGCGUCGUCCUGGGCGUCACCGCCGGCUUCUCGCUGCGACCGCUCCAGCUGGGGCUGGACGCUGUGAUGCUGGUGGCGUACCCUGGAGAGCUGGUCAUGCGCCUGCUCAAGCUGAUGAUCCUGCCCCUCAUCAUCGCCAGCCUCAUCGCAGGUUCUGCAAGACUGAAUGCCAGCAUGAAUGGGAAGAUCGCAGCUCGUACGCUGCUGUACUUUGCACUGACAUCUCUGCUGAAUGCUAUCUUGGGAACAGCACUUGUGCUAGCCAUCCAUCCAGGCAACCCAGCGACCAAGAGUGCACUGGGCGUGGGCACCGAAGAUCGCCAGGCACACAUUCUUGACAGCUUCCUGGACCUUGGCAGAAACGUCUUCCCAGACAACUUGUUCCAAGCAGCUUUCCAACAGGCUCAUACAGUGUACACACCGAAGAUUAGUGCUCCACCUUAUAAUGGGUCAAUAAAUGGUACGGGAGCUGUGCUUAUGGCUUCAGCAGCUGCUGCGGGAGCAGAUACUGCAGGAGGAGGUAGUGGAGAAGAGGCACUUGAGGAGACAGUUGUAACACACACAGAGUUGGUGAGGACUAUAAAGUAUAGGGAAGGCACAAAUACUCUUGGAGUUAUAUUCUUCUGCCUCGUAUUUGGUACAGUCCUUGGAACAAUGGGACGCAAAGCUGAAGUUGUGAUUGAAUUCUUUACUACUGUUGAUGAAGUUAUUAUGAGAAUUGUCACUGGAAUAAUGUGGUUGACACCAGUUGGCGUUGCAAGUGUUAUUGCAGGAAAGAUACUGUCAGUGGAAGACCUUAGCGUUGUUGUGCAACAGCUUGGAUGGUUUGUUUUCACAGUUGUGCUUGGUGUCUUUAUCUACCAACUUAUCAUAAUGCAACUUAUUUAUUUCAUCAUCAUUCGCCGCAACCCUUACAAGUACUACUGGGGACUGGCACAAGCCACACUCACUGCAUUUGCCACAGCAUCAACAGCUGCUGCACUUCCAGUAACCUUGAGAUGCAUGGAUGAAAAAGUCCGUGUUGAUCAGCGAAUUUCUAGAUUUAUACUUCCUAUUGGAUGCACGAUCAACAUGGAUGGAACAGCUCUAUUUGUAGCUGUAGCUUCAAUUUUUAUUGCACAGAUGAAUCAAAUAUCACUUGGUAUUGGUGAAAUACUGACAGUGUGUCUGGCAUCAACAGCAGCCAGUUUUUCAUCAGCAAGUGUCCCCAGUGCAGCCUUGGUUUUAAUCUUCAUGGUGCUGUCCACCAUUGAUGCUCCAGUUCAAGAUGUAUCACUUCUUUUUGCAAUUGACUGGUUUGUGGAUCGUGUGAGGACAACAAAUAAUAUGUUAGGAGACUGUUAUGCAGCUGCUGUUGUUGAGCACUUGUCCAAAAAGCAGUUACAGGCAUCUAAUUCAUCAAUCUUUCCGCCUGAUCGUGUGUUGAUUCAAAAUAACCAUCUUCUUCCUGUUCAUCUUAGUGAUUGUGGUGAAAAGACUGUGGAACCUGAAAUUAUAGUUGUAGAAGUUCAAGCACACUUGAAAAAUGGCAACGUUAGAAACCUGUAAAUUUUAUACAAUUAUCAUAACUUACAGUAUGUGCAAUUCCAUGAUACUGAAUGUAUGGUAUCAUAAGUUUAUAGCUCUUUUAGUUUAGUCAAGAAUAGUUUAAAAAGUAUUUCAUAAUGAUUGUGUAGGUCUGUGAUAAAUAUCAGGAACCAUAUUUAGGAAGUAUUCUUAUAAUGUAAAAUAUGUUGUAGUAUUAUUGUGACUUAUCAAGAACCUGUAAAAAAAAAAAAAAAAAAAAAGGGGGGCAGA